UCCGCCGGCAGCGAACUACAUUUCCCAGCGCCGCCCGGGGCGGCGGUUGCCAAGGCGCCCUGGCGACGGCGCCUAAAAUGGCGGCGGGGAAGGGAUUGUAACGGCGUGGGCCUCCAUCUCCCGGCCUCGGGCGGGGGCCGCGGUGCCGGCCCCCAGUGAAGAAUGUCCUUGUUUAAAGCUCGAGACUGGUGGUCCACAACACUUGGAGAAAAGGAAGAAUUUGAUCAAGGCUGUCUGUGUGUUGCUGAUGUUGAUAACAGUGGCCAAGAUAAAAUUAUUGUGGGCGGUUAUAUGGGUUAUCUCCGAAUCUUUCAUCCACAUCCUGUGAAACCUGGGGAUGACAUGCAAGCUGAAGACUUACUCUUGGAAGUGCAGUUACAAGAACCAAUACUGCAGGUGGAAGUGGGAAAAUUUGUUUCUGGUACUGAAGGACUUCAUCUGGCUGUGUUGCACUGCCGAAAACUCUGUGUAUAUGCUGUUUCAGGAACUCAGGGGAAUGUGGAACAUGGGAACCAGUAUCAGAUUAAACUUAUGUAUGAACAUAAUCUUCAGAGAACUGCUUGCAAUAUGACUUAUGGACCAUUUGGUGGUGUAAAAGGUCGAGAUUUGAUAUGCAUACAGUCCAUGGAUGGGAUGCUAAUGUUAUUUGAACAGGAAAGCUAUGCUUUUGGGCGUUUUUUACCUGGUUUUCUUCUGCCUGGUCCAUUGACUUACAGCUCUCGGACAGAUUCUUUCAUUACGGUGUCUUCCUGUCAACAGGUUGAGAGUUACAAAUAUCAAGUGCUGGUAUUUGCAACAGAUGCUGAGGCAAGACAAGAAACAGUACAGCAAAAACUUAGUUCUGGAAAAAGACUUGUGGUGGAUUGGGUUCUAAACAUUGGAGAGCAAGCACUGGAUAUAUGCAUUGUCUCCUUUAAUCAGGCGGUUUCCUCUGUUUUUGUGCUUGGUGAGAGAAACCUCUUCUGCCUUAAGGAUAAUGGACAACUUCGAUUCAUGAAAAAGCUUGAUUACAGUCCAAGUUGCUUCAUUCCUUAUUGUUCAGUGAAAGAAGGAACAAUAAACACUCUAGUUGGAAACCAUAGUAAUGUGUUGAAUAUUUAUCAGGAUGUUACACUGAAAUGGGCUGCUCAGCUUCCCCAUGUUCCUGUAUCAGUAAAAGUAGCAAACAUACAGAAUCUGAAGGGUGUUAUAGUUACUCUGAGUGAAAAUGGACAUCUGCAGUGUUCCUACCUUGGAACUGAUCCUUCAUUCUUCCAGGCUCCUAGAGUUGAUUCUAAGGAAGUAAACUAUGAAGAAUUCAAUGCUGAAAUGAAAGAGCUUCAGAAAAUCAUCAGGGAAGCUAUGAAGACACAAGAUAUUUUACCCCAAUCUGAAAAACGGAGAGAUCUAAUUGUCACUGCAGAAGUUUCACCAGACUUGGAUGCAGAAUCUAAAGCCAUUGACAGUGAGGUAAAAGCAGAGGUAGUACCAUCAGUAACAGUAAAGGUAACAGUACAAACCAGGGUGACUGCACAGAAACCAAACCUGUCAGUAUGUGUACAAGCUCCAUUAAGAGUGACCUGUGACCAGUUCAUCUUUAAUGAUUUAGAACCAGAUUCGUCUGAAACCGUGGUCCUGUCUGUCUUUUUGAAGGGGAAUUGUCCUCCAUCAGAACUAGAAGGAAAUUGUGUGGUUUCAUGUAGUACACCAACAGAACUCAAUCCUGAAGGAAUACCAAAAGUUGCCCAGUGUAAAUUCAAGCUGCCUUUGCGAUUAAUCUGCUUUCCAGCUCAACCUUCAAAAUCAGCAAAUCACAAGAUAACUAUUGAUACCAAUAAACCUCCCGUCAGUUUUCUCACCAUUUUUCCAGACUUUGCUGAUCCAUCUGAGGAUGACCAGGCAAAUGUUCUGGGUUUUCAGUUCCUAACGGGUUCAAAAAUCACUCUUCUUGCUUCAAAAACAUCACAACGAUAUAGGAUCCAGAGUGAUCAGUUAGAAGACCUUUGGCUAAUAACAAAAGAGCUCACUCUUCGACUGGAAGAACAUUUCAAAAAGCAAAAUUGCAAAGACUUUGCGUGUACCUUUUCAGGUUCAAUUCCCCUGCAAGAAUACUUUGAACUAAUUGAUCGACAUUUUGAGCUGCGCUUGAAUGCAGAAAAAUUUCGUGAGCUGUUAUCUGAGAGGGCUGUACAAUUUAGAGCUAUUGAGAGACGAUUGCUGACACGAUUCAAAGACAAAACUCCUGCUCCUCUUCAACAUCUGGACACCUUGCUAGAGGGAACAUUCAGAGAGGUAAUAGCUCUAGCAGAUGCAGCAGAAAAAAAUCAAGCCAAUAUGUUCCAGGCAUUCACAAAGUUGAAAAGUGCCACCCAUCUGGUGAUUAUGCUGAUCAGUCUGUGGCAGAAACUCAAUGCUGACCAAAUUGCUAUUAUGGAAGCUGCAUUUUUGCCAUUAGCAGAAGAUACACAAGAGCUGGGUUGGGAAGAAACUGUGGAUUCUGCUAUUUCUUCCUUGCUAAGAACUUGCUUGUCCAAGAGCUCUAAGGAACAGGCACUGACUCUUGGUGGCCAGUUGAGCAUGCCCAAAGAUACCAGCAGACUUAAGAAGAAUAUCAGCCUGUUCUGUGAUAGACUGGCCAAAGGUGGUCGCCUUUCCUUAAGUACAGAGUCAGCCACUCAGCAAGCUGCUGUUGUGCCAGGUGGCUGUUCUACAAUUCCAGAGUCUGACUUGGAGGAAAGAGUACUUGUACCGGGCUCCACAGCAACAUUUACUAAUCACAAGCAUGCCGCAAAGCAGAAGUCCAAGCCUGGUUUGUCUGAGGAUGCAGCAGAGGAAGAAGAAAAGCCAUGAAACAUGAAGAUGACCCUCAGGAGGAAUUUCUGUCUGAUAUCAAAUGCAUUUAUAAGGCAGCAGUACUGAUCCUUUUUAUUCUGUCCUGAUUGCAGCCUCCAGAAAGAGAGGACUGUGCCAAUUUAUAUGAAAAAGUUCCAUUCUAAUCAUUUUGGUUGGGUCUUCCUGCCAACUGCUAGCAUCCUUUCUGUGAGCAAAGCCUAUGCACUUACCCAACUGUGGUAGGGAUGUUGUGUUAUGUUUUGUGAUACAUCAGCCCUUCUAAGGAUUCUGUUGAUUGAUCAAAGACUGUUUACAGAUAGUUAAAAGCAACCUUUGUUUCAGGAUAUGUUUUAUCUGUUUUUUAAGAUAUUCUGAACUAUACAUUUGUUAUAUCACAGCUUUGACAAAAGAUAACUAUCUCCUUUUCUCCUGUACUAACAUUCACAAUUCCAGACAGCUGAAUUCACCACAAGAAGAAAAACUGGUAAUCCAUCAACUACCCACCCUCCCCACCCCACGCCCCGUCUCUCAUUGCUUAUAUAGACUCCUGCUCUCAAGAGAUACAGAGUAAAAUAUGGUUACUGGACAUAAAGGGCAAACCCUUUUGCCAUUAACUAUGUCACUAUGAACAUGAAUAAAGUUUACACUGUAAGUACCCUGAGCACAGC